ACGAGCUCUGCGAGGGAAUCGGGAGCUAUGCAUUAGCCAGCGAGUUUUAAUGUCAGAGGCCUGUAGUUAAACCAUUCUUUUGUGUCAUCUCAACUUUUCAUUGUUUGCAUUGUUCCUCCCUUUGACAACAUGAGCACGUUAUGGAUGGGAAACUUGGACACACACAUGGAUGAAAAGUUUGUCACCAAUGCAUUUGCCACCAUGGGUGAACAGGCAGUCAAUGUUCGCAUCAUCAGGAACAAGGUGACUGGGGGAGCGCUUGGCUACUGUUUUGUGGAGAUGGCAGAUGAAGCCACGGCAGAGAGGUGUCUCCGCAAAAUCAAUGGCAAGACGUUACCGGGAUCCAGCCCGCCCACCCGGUUCAAGCUUAACCGUGCCACGUUUGGAAAACAGGAAGCCGGUCAAAUGUUCUCUCUCUUUGUGGGUGACCUUACUCCUGAGGUGGAUGAUGGAAUGCUUUACGAGUUUUUUUACAAUCGUUACCCUUCAUGCCGAGGCGGCAAAGUGGUUCUGGACAGUUUGGGUAACUCCAAAGGCUGUGGGUUUGUUCAGUUCCCCGAUGAGCGUCUGCAGAAACGUGCUUUGGAUGAGUGUCAGGGAGCAACAGGACUUGGGAGUAAACCUCUCAGACUGAGCCUGGCUGCAAACAAUUUGAAGAAUCGGCCACAGCAAUCAACAGACACCACUUCCUGGCCAUCGACCGCUGGAUACACCCAGAGUACUGACCAGUACAACCAGCAACAGAAUUACUCUAACUAUUAUGCCUCAUGGGGCUGCGACCAGACCGCCAUGACCUAUGGUUACACCUACCCUCAGUACGAUUACUCGAUGUAUAGUCAGACGCAAGAGGCUGAAAUAAUCCACGAUGAUGGCCUUGAAGAUCCUGACCCUCACCUGGAUGUGGAUGUGGCCAACCAAAGGUUUUUGGAAGACACUGAGGAGCUGUACGACUCUCUUAUUCAUUCCUCCUGGCAAUCUCCAGAUGUAAUUGCUGAUCAGGAGCAAGCCAUGCUUCAUAUACCCGACGCAAUUCAGUGCUGAGUUCCCUCCCUCGCCCCCCCAUAAAGGUCAUUGUUGAAUGGUUCAGUUGUGUUUUUGCGAUUAAAGAAAUGACAACAAGUGCGUGUUCAAUAAAUCUGCAACAAAACAA